GCCAGUCGCCCUCCAGCCACCGCCCCAGUUACGACUUGAGCGACACUUCCGGUGUGCCUCACUCAUUCUUUUCUAUCUUGGUCUCGUCUUCUUCAUCUUUCGUCCUUCCUCCGACCUUCCUCAGUGUGUCUUGGUCUCUCGGUGUGCUCGAUCUGUCAUUCACAUCGUCCUCCGAGAUCGAGCUUGCAAAACCAAUCACCCCCUUUUUUUUGGAACGAAACGAAACAAACGCAACAUGCUGAUCGGUCUCGUGCGCGACUCGGUGCUCCAAUGCUUCUGUCACAGCUGCAAGGCCCCGCUGGGUAUCGUAGGACAAAGGAGGAAUAACGCACCGUUUAAGAAACCCAGCGGCAAGGGCAAACCGCGGACCAAGCAGCCGAAGAAGGUGAAGUUCAUCACGACCGAGAUCCGAUGCCAGGAGAAGACCAAGGGCGGACUGUGCUACGAGGUGAUCUUGGCGGAACCAACGGUACCUAAGAGAGCGCCAUCGCCGCCGCAGACGAGCCCAACGCAGCAAAUCGCGAUCGAGGAUAAGCUGAAGGCCGCUGAGGAACGAAGACUGUCCAUCGAGGCGCACAAGCUCGCCGCCCUCGCUGCCAAGCUCAGCAAGAUCGAGGAGGCAUCUCGCAAGAAGGAUGAGCUUAGCGCUGCUUUCAUGGCCGCGACUCGCGAAUCCUUGGAUACUAAGAUGAACAAUUCGGAGGAGAAGCGAGAGGCCCACAUCGCCGAUCUAAAGAACAAGCUAAAGGAGCAUUUGGAGAGUGUUGAAAAGACUCGUUUGAGUCUCGAGCAACAAACCGAAGAAGUGCGAUGCGCCGUUGAAGAGAAAUUGAAGACUGCUGCGGCUCAGCGUGAUGAGAAUAUCAAGAGAAUGUUGCAUCGCCUCAAGGAACAUGAGGAACAAGCAGUUCGUGUACGUCAAGGAAUGUCGGAGCGCGUACAGCAGUUGGAGUCUCAAAUUCAGGGCAAGCUGGAGCAGGCACGUGAACGUCGCGAGACUAUCGAGCGCGAGCAGAAGGAGAAAUUGCGCAAUCAUAACACGGUGAAGAUAGCUCAAGUACGUCAGAUGGCAGCGCAAGAACUCCUGGUGAAAAAGUGCGAGUUCGACAAGAGGGUGUCGACUGCGGAGCUAAAUCGGCAGCGAGAGAUCCAACGUCGCGUGCAAGCGAUUCGCCGCCACCAUGAAAGGCGUGCCGAGAUUGUGAGACAGAAUAAGGCGGCAAUCCGUCAGGAUAAUAAUGCCGUAAACUCACCGCAACCGAUUUUACCGGUGGAGAACGAGACCGCCAGCUCCGGUUAAGUAUCCAAUAUUCUCUUCAAGGCCGCUCGAACGCCCCCGCAAGACUCCGUUUCGCUUUGUGCCAUUAUUUUCUGACUCGAAGUAAAACGGGAGGUCGAUCGCGCGUAUCGGACAUGUCUGUAUUUCGAGCUGGAGGGAUAGAGAAACAUAUCGUUUCUCCCUGCAGUUUCUCAAUAGUCGCGCGGAUAAUACUGCCUUUAUCAAUUUUUCUUCGCAUAUAUUAUCAAAAAAGAAACGUGAACAAACAAAACUUGUUGGUUAAAUUAUUAUUUGUUGCACAGAAAAAUGUUUAAUAUAAAUGAAGGACUAUAAGAGUAUAUUUGUAUUAUAUGGCAUUCUUUGUUUCUUUUAUCUUAAUUAUAUAUUUAUCAAUUACCUAAAAUGGAAAGGGUACAAAAUAUAAAUUCUUAAAUAUCAGUUUUGUAAUACAUAUUAACAAAGGCAAAACCUAAACGUCUCAUGCGAAAAUAUCAAAUUCGAUUUUUAAGCUCUCAUCAAUUUAAGUCCUUCAAAUGUGCUUUAAAAUUUAAUUUUAUCUUGGUAGUUUUUAAAUAAAUUAUUUAUUUAAAAAAAUGGUCAUAUUUUUUAGAAUGAAUCUUCAAGUUGCUGUGAAAGUUCGAAUUUUGCAUCGAGAUUUAUAUUAUUGUCAAAGAAAACAAGAUUCAUUUCUAGAUUCUAAAAGUUUUCGAUAUUUAUUUUAAUAAUAUAUAUAUAUAUAUAUAUUCUUAUAAUUUUUUACAUUAUUAAAUAAUGAAUAAGAAAGAGAUAGAAAAAUGUUUAAAAAUGUUUACUCUAAAUUUUAAAAUAUCUCAAUCUUAUAAAGAUUCUCUUAACUCUUAUAUUUUGGAAUCAGGAUUAUGUAUCCAGAUCUUUUCAUGUGUACCCUAUAUAUCUUAACACCAAAAAUUUUCUUAAAAGCAAAACUGUUUUGAAACUAAACUUUUGCAACAUUCUGAAAGUCACUUUCUCAUAUUUCUUCUCUUUUAAAAGUAAAAAAAAAAGUGUGCUUUUUUUUCUUUUUCUCUCUCUCUCUCUUUCUCUCUCUAGCUCUCUAUGUGAAACGUCGAAGUAGGAAUAACGAACGAUGAAGGCAGUAUUUUCGUUUACAUCUUUUUUUUUUAUUUAUCAUCAUUUCGAUAUCUCUUCUUAACAUCUCGAGUGCAAAAAGAAGUCUCGGCGAAAGCUAGCGAUCGAUUAACCGUGAUUACCGAAUGGUCAUUUUCGAAUCGCAACACAGUGGAUUGUUUCUAACAAGAGGGAGAGAGAAGGAGAUUUGAUUUGAUGAAAAUUAACAAAUUAUUACAGAUAACUAUCGCUAUAACUUAGAUGAUAAGUGAUGCAACUGCUGCUCGUGCUCGUGCGCACACACAAGAAGAUGUAUGUGCGUACGUGCGAUGUGUGCCGAUAUGUUAAGCACACUCAUUAUAUAUAUAAAAUAAUAUACAUAUAAUUAUAUAAUGAUAUAUUAAUAAUAAUAAUAAUAGUGCUUUAUACUAGGCUUGAGAAACCAUUUUGUACUCAUUGUAAUAUUACUGCGCUAACCAAAACAAAAUAAUUCACAUGAGACAUGUAGUCUAACGGAAUAUGAUAAUGUGACGCUUCUGUGAUGACUUUUUAAUUAUUUGUCGAAAUGUGCAGCGUUUUUAAGUGCGGGCGAGAGAGCGAUAGACAUAUAGAAAGAAAGAAAGAAAGAGUGAAUGAGAGAAUGUAUGCUCGUGUGAAAAAUACAAAAUGAGAAAAAAAAUAUUUUGGUUUUUUUUUUUAAGUUAGCCAGGUUGUGACAAACAAAAAUAUUUAUUUGCAUUUGGAAAAUUGGAAGUAUAUAUGGCAAUGUAAUGUUGACGAUUGGACUCACAAUUUUAAUCCACGAAGUAGCGCCUGUUACUAAUCGUUUAUACGCUUGCGUAAAAAUAUAAAGCGAAUUCUAAAGAGGCAAGAAGAGGAUGCGAUACAGUAUUUUCUGAUAUCGAUGAUAUAGGUGAGCUUUAAGGCUUGAACAAUUUUUAGAUAAUUCAGAAGUGUUUGGAAAUUAAUAGGAAUGCAACAAUUCAAUUUAGCGUGCAAAUUUAGUUGUACUUUACUUGUACAAGGAGCUCAGCAUUAAUAGCAGCCAGAGAAGAAGAAACGUAAAAAGAAACAUAAGCGUAGAAGAAUCCGAAGAUCGGAAAGGUUGUAAAGAAUCAAAAUUUUCUUUAAAAAUCUCUGAAUGUUUUUAAAAGAAAAAAAGAGAAUAAAAAGAAUAUAAAGAAAAAACAUAGAGAACUUCAGCCUUGGCUAGUACUGCUGCAUCUCCAAAAGUUGGAACUCAUAAUAAUUAUAUUCGUGAUAUUUUCAUUAUCAGCUUGCAUUUUGUAAUUAAAGUUUAAUAGUUCCCAAGCGCUUGGCCUUUGGACAGUCAUCUUCGUAUGUUAAAUAUGACGUUAUCAAAAAUAAUGAAGGAAAUAUUUCUAUCCUUUUUUGAUCUUUUUUCAAGAUAAUAAAUUCAAGAUUUUAAUUGUUCUCAGAAUCAGGAAAUUGAAGAUUUUCAGAGUCCAAGAUUCUGAAAUGAAAAAUUAAUUAUAUUCUAAUUAAAUUAUUAUAUUCUAAAAUAAUUAAAUUAAUUUAAUAUUUUUUUAUAUUUUUUAUGUUAUACUUUUAUUAUAGUUAUUAAUGCACGUGUGAAUUGCAAAUCUUAUUAUUUUUUUGCAAUAAUGAAGUAUGAACAAUCUCUUAUCUUAUAUUUUGAACUUGGGAAUAUUUGAUCGUUUGCAUUGACAGUGUGUUAACUUGCUUAACUUGGUUCUAAUUUUCUUGUGUAUUUAGGAUUUUGAAAUUUUACAUAAAUUCCUAAAUCUCUAGUGCUCAAAAAAUUCAAAUAGAGAUUAUAAUCCCUAGAGAAAAUGACUUGGAAAGAUUUCCUAAAUUUCAGAGUCAUUAUCCUAUCAUAUUUUACGUCUGAAAAAUGAAAGAAAAAAGUCCUUUUUAUUAAUCAAUAAAUCAAUUCUUUCAUUUUUUUUCAAAAAUUUGCAUUGCAUAAUUAGAAUAUCUAAAACUAUAUGUAAUCCUUGAAUGACUAUUCCUUGUUCUACACAAUGAUAUGAAUGAACUUCAUUAUGGCGUAAUUUAUACAGUUAAUAUGAUAUUUAAAUAAUUUACAUUACACACAUAUAAUUCGUCUAACAUUUCAUUAGGUUUAACUCCGAGACUACGUAAGGAAUCUUCACAAAACGCCUAAUUGCACGAAUACUAAUUAAGCGUAGAAGUUGACGAGCGAAAGAAAGAGAAAGAAAAGAUGAGGAAAGAAUACGGGCGAGAAAUUUCCGGAGAGUUUUCAGGAAAAUUGAAGAGAUCUUUGUCUUGCUGUGUGGCAACAAGUGAUGGGUAACGUCUAUUUUUACAUCAUUGUUAUAAUAUUUUAGUAAUUGUAUCUUUGUGUAAUGGAAUUUUAGGCGCUACGUAACGUAUGUACAUCACUGUCUCGCGAUUUGAAUUAUUAACAUAUACCGGGUGAUUCUCAUGAAGCAGGUAACGGUGCUAGGAAUUCAUUUCCAAUCGAACUUUGGAUGUCCUAUUAGGAAUGAAACCUCGCAUCUUUUUGCAAGAACACCCUGUAUAAAUAUGUAUAAAUAUGUUUUUGCGCAUACAGUGGACCAAUAGUCGCUAUUCCGGAAAUUAAUUUAACUAAAAAAAAGCUUUAAUCUUCUUUCAUAUAAAAAGAAAAUAAAUCGGCAGAUCAAAUGUAAUUAAAUUUUUUUAAAUCUUGAUUAUAUUGUGAUUUAAAUUUUUCUUACAGAUAUAAAGUAAAAGACAUAAGAAUAUAUGUAUAAUUUAUUAUCAAUAUUUUAUAUAUAAAUUAUAUAUAUUAUGUACAUUUGUGAAAAAUAUAUAUCCUUGCAUAUAUCAUAUCGUUACAAAUUAACAUUUUUCGGAGCAAUGAUUUUUGGUCCAUUUUUCGUAUAGCGUGCGCGUUUCUGUGGGCUUUAAUAUUGUCUCUCUCAUGAUAAGGAACGCGCGAAAAAAAGUUAAUUAAACGAGAUAUAUAAAUAUAUAUAUAAUAUAAAUGCGAGCGAAGAUAAGAUAUAUAAUGAUGUCGCGAUACAUUAAUCGCGUCUUGCAUUGGCUGCCUUCGAUAUACUUCUUUCAGUUUCUGUUGAGAUAAUGUGUGUCAAACGAGAACCUGAUUGUGUGUGAAGUAAAAGGCCAUACCUACACGCA